CAGAUAGAGAGAGAGAGAGAGAGAGAGAGAGAGAGAGAGGUGAACUGCAUUUAGAGACGCUGCAAGAAUGAUGUGACCCAUCGAGCUACCACUUCGUGAUCCACAUCUCUCUCUAUCUCUCUGAUAUGAAAUCCCCCUCUCGCUCCUUCACUCUCUAAGUUUCUCUCUGUGGCAGUAAGUAGGGGAGACUGCAUCACAUUUCACUAUGAUGGAAUAGAAGGAGAACCAAAAAGAACAGCUCCUCCACCUCCCUCCCCCCUCUCCCUCCUCCUCCUCCUCCUCCUCGUCUCACUUCCAUUGCACUUCGUAACUUCCCGUCGCCUGUAGCGCAGCUUCUGGCACGAAAGAUCAGAUCUUGGAUUCUCCCUCGCGGAGGUGUCGGGUGGCCGAUGAGUUCUUUUGGGUGUCUGGCUUUCUUUCGAGCGUCACAAGGCAGCGAGUAAGCGGGCGGUGCCCAUGGCCGUGUGGUGGAGAGGGAUUGUGAGCUUGGUUCUCCUUGGAUCUUUGAGCUGCGUCUGUGGCGACACGAGCGAAGGUGCGACAUUGGUGGAGAUCAAGAAGUCAUUUCGCAAUGUGGACAAUGUUUUAUAUGAUUGGGCGGAUGAUCCAUCUUCCGACCACUGCUCAUGGCGAGGGGUCAUCUGCGACAACGUGACCUUCAGUGUAGUUGCACUUAAUCUAUCAGGGUUAAAUCUUGAUGGGGAGAUAUCUCCAGCGAUCGGAAAUCUGAAGGCCCUUGUUUCCAUCGACUUGAAGGCAAAUCGAUUGUCUGGACAGAUCCCAGAUGAAAUUGGUGCUUGUUCUUCAUUGAAAACACUGGACUUAUCCUACAACAGUAUCUAUGGGGACAUACCUUUUUCGGUAUCAAAGUUGAAGCAAUUGGAAAAUUUGAUCUUGAAAAACAAUCAGUUGAUUGGGCCUAUUCCUUCAACACUAUCACAAAUUCCAAACUUGAAGAUACUGGACCUCGCACAAAAUAAGUUGAGUGGGGAGAUACCUAGGCUCAUAUACUGGAAUGAAGUAUUACAGUACUUGGGUUUACGGGGGAAUAACUUGGAGGGGAAUUUAUCUCCAGACAUGUGCCAGCUGACUGGAUUGUGGUUCUUUGAUGUGAAGAACAAUAGCUUGACUGGCAACAUACCUGAGAAUAUUGGAAACUGUACCAGUUUUCAGGUUUUGGAUUUAUCGUACAAUCAGCUUACUGGAGAAAUUCCUUUUAAUAUUGGAUUUUUGCAAGUUGCUACAUUGUCCUUGCAAGGGAACAAGUUUUCUGGGCCUAUUCCACCUGUGAUUGGUUUGAUGCAAGCCCUUGCAGUGUUAGAUUUGAGUUGUAAUCUUCUCAGUGGGCCAAUUCCUCCGAUUUUGGGCAACUUGACAUAUACUGAGAAAUUGUAUCUGCAAGGGAACAAGUUGACAGGAUCCAUCCCACCAGAGCUUGGUAACAUGACAAGGCUUCACUAUUUGGAGUUGAAUGAUAAUCAGCUCUCUGGUCUCAUUCCACCAGAACUUGGGAAACUCACAGACUUGUUUGAUCUAAACAUAGCAAACAACAACUUUGAAGGGCCUAUUCCAGAAAACCUGAGCUCAUGUGUGAAUCUCAACAGUUUCAAUGCACAUGGAAAUAAGUUAAAUGGAACCAUUCCACUUGCUUUCAAGAAGCUCGAGAGCAUGACAUACCUGAAUCUCUCAUCAAACAGAUUAAAGGGAUCUAUACCUAUCGAGUUAUCAAGAAUUAGUAAUCUGGACACUCUUGAUAUAUCAUGCAAUGAAAUCAACGGCCCUAUUCCUUCCUCUGUUGGUGGUUUAGAACACCUUUUGAAACUAAAUCUUAGCAACAAUAAACUUGUUGGUAACAUACCUGCUGAAUUUGGAAACCUGAGGAGUAUCAUGGAGAUUGAUUUGUCGAGCAAUGACCUCUCAGGUCCGAUUCCUCAGGAACUUGGACUGCUUCAAAAUCUGAUCACAUUAAAAUUGGAAAGCAACAAUUUAUCGGGUGACAUAACGACUCUCACUAGCUGCUUUAGUCUUGUUAUACUGAAUGUAUCCUACAACAGUUUUGCUGGUGAUGUUCCAACUAGCAACAACUUCUCACGAUUUUCUCCAGACAGUUUUGUAGGAAAUCCUAGUCUUUGUGGCUAUUGGCUAAGCUCUCAAUGUCAUUCCUCCCAUUCCCCACAGAGAGCAGCUUCAGUUUCUAAAGCUGCCAUUUGGGGCAUUGCCUUGGGCGCUCUCUUAAUCCUUUUGGUGGUCUUAGUGGCAGCUUGUCGACCACAUAAACCUCCUCCCUUUCCAGAUGGCUCAAUAAACAAACCAGUUAACAAUAUCUCACCGAAGCUGGUGAUCCUUCAUAUGAACAUGGCUCUUCAUGUAUAUGAAGACAUUAUGAGAAUGACUGAAAAUCUUAGUGAGAAGUACAUUAUUGGUUAUGGAGCAUCGAGCACUGUAUACAAAUGUGUGUUGAAGAACUGCAAGCCGGUGGCUAUCAAGAGGCUUUAUUCUCACUAUCCGCAUAACUUGAAGGAAUUCGAGACUGAGCUGGAGACUGUAGGGAGCAUCAAACAUCGAAAUCUGGUUAGCCUCCAAGGAUACUCCUUGUCCCCAUUUGGCAACCUCCUUUUCUAUGACUACAUGGAGAAUGGCAGCCUAUGGGAUCUUUUACAUGCUGCUACAGGCCCUACAAAAAAGAAAAAGCUGGAAUGGGAUGCACGACUGCGGAUUGCACUUGGUGCUGCACAAGGACUGGCCUACCUUCACCAUGAUUGCAGUCCUCGCAUCAUCCACAGGGAUGUUAAGUCUUCAAACAUACUAUUGGACAAAGAUUACGAGGCCCAUCUCACAGAUUUUGGCAUUGCAAAGAGCCUAUGUGUCUCCAAGACCCAUACCUCCACCUAUGUCAUGGGUACUAUCGGAUACAUCGAUCCUGAGUAUGCCCGAACUUCCCGGUUGAAUGAGAAGUCUGAUGUUUACAGCUUUGGCAUUGUCCUGCUUGAGCUCCUGACCGGAAGGAAACCGGUGGAUAACGAGUCCAAUCUUCAUCAGCUGAUCCUAUCGAAGGCUGCAAACAAUGCUGUCAUGGAGACAGUGGAUCCAGAAAUCUCCUCCACAUGUAAAGAUCUUGGGGAUGUAAAGAAGGUAUUCCAGUUGGCCCUCCUCUGCACAAAGAGGCAGCCGUCGGAUCGUCCGACCAUGCACGAGGUGAGCCGCGUGCUGGGAUGCCUCGUCCAACCUAGCCCGACGCCAAAGCAGCCGCAGCCGCAUGGGCUGACACAGCCCCCCUCGGUGCCCAGCUACAUCGACGAGUACGCCAACCUCAAGAACCCCAACAUGCUGGACUGUGCCACCUCGCUCAGCACGUCGGACGGCCAACUCUUCCUCAAGUUUGGCGAGGUGAUAUCGCAGAACUCCGAGUAAACUUUGUAGACACCGUAUUUUGACACAGGCAGCAGCCUCAAUUCUGG